UGUUAGUAUUUUAGUUUCUUUGAUUGUUAGCUGACAAGACCUGCAAAAAUGCUUCACCUAACCAUCUGUCUCCUCUGCUCUUCUCUACUCAUAACUACACCCAAAGCGGGAAUCCCGAAACAAAGGAAAAACAAGCCAUGAGUAGCUCUUCUCACCAAAGUCAGCCAUUGCUGAUGCAUACCAGUAACACUACGGUUGAUGAUGAUGAUGAGGCUUGGAUUCCAAAUUAUUCUUCUGCAAAAGCUGAGGAGCUUCUGAGGAAUAGAGAGAAGGAGAAGCUUGUUACAUGGAAAUGGUGGGUUAGGGUUGUUGGGUGGGAAACCAUGCUGAUUUGGAAGCUGUCAUGGCCUUCUGUGACUGCUUGUUUGUUUAACUAUAUGCUCAUCUUUGUGACUCUUAUCUUCGUUGGUCAUUUGGGUGAUACACAACUUGCUGGUGCUUCUCUUGCUUGUCUUGGACUUCAAGCUCUUGCUUUUGGAGUUAUGGUAGGAAUGUCUGCUGCAGUUCAAACUUUAUGUGGGCAAGCAUUCGGGGCCAAAAAAUAUGCAGUGAUGGGCAUACUAUGCCAAAGAGCAAUUAUAUUACAGUUAGGGGCAGCUAUUCCUCUGACCUUCCUAUACUGGUAUUGUGGUCCACUUCUCAGGUUUAUUGGAAAAUAUGAGAGCGAUGAAAUUGCAGAAUUGGGCCAAGUUUUUGGACGUGGAUUGGUCCCUCAAAUCUAUGCAUAUGCACUUGUCUAUCCUAUGCAGAGGUUCCUCAUGGCACAGAAUAUAGUGAACUUUCUGGCAUACGUGGCUGUUGGGGUUUUUCUCUUUCAUGUGCUUCUUACAUGGCUAGUGGUUUCUGUUUUAGGCUGUGGCCUUUUAGGGGCAGCUCUUACUUCAAGCUUUUCUUGCUGGGUUCUUGUGCUUGUCAUAGGGCUAUACAUUAUUCUCAGCUCUUCUUGCAAGAGAACUUGGACUGGUUUUUCUCUUAAAGCUUUCCAGAUGAAAGGAUUCUGGCCUUAUGUGAAGCUCACUGCUUUGUCCGCUGUUAUGAUGUGUUUGGAGGCAUGUUACUAUCUUGUUGUGUAUCUGGUGUCUGAGAAUCUUCGCAACCCUACCAUCGUAUUGGACUCUCUUGCCAUAUGCAUCAACUACGUGAACUGGAGCUGCAAUUUUUCAUCAGGCAUGUUAGUGGCCUCCAGUGUUCGAGUAAGUAAUGAGCUUGGGGCAGGUAAUCCAAGAGUGGCAAAAUUCUCAAUUGCGGUAUGCAAUGGAAUCGGCAUCCUCAUUAGCUUCAUUUUCUCAGUAAUAAUUCUGACAUUUCGGGUUGGACUGAUCAAGCUCUAUACCACUGAUUCUGAAGUUUUUGAAGUCACGUACAGUUUGUUUCCACUUGUUGCCAUUUCUUUUCUCAUCAAUGGCAAUCAUUUCAUCCUCUUUGGUCAGGCAAUUGGAAGUGGACGGCAAAGCCUAGUGGGUUGGGCGAACUUGGUCUCUUAUUACGUUAUUGGCCUGACUGUUGCUUGCCUACUUGGCUUUAAAACCAGCUUAGGAAUUGCGGGGCUAUAUUGGGGUAUAAUCAUCGGAACUGUUCUUCAGACGGCAACAGUGGGGAUUGUGAUAAUACGGACAAACUGGGAUGCUGAGGUUGAGAAAGCUGCUGAUCGUCUGAAGAAAUCUGCAGAUGAAGAUAUCUUGAACGACUUGGUUGACAACUGUUGAAAACAAGACCGCUCGUUUAAGUUAAUUAAUUAACCCUAGUUUGUAAAAAAUCAACUUGAAAAUUUAAGGGGAUUUAUUUGUUGAAAGAUAACUUUUAAAUUGGAUUUUGUUUUAAAAUACAAGUUUCUAGUUCUUAAAAAGGAUUUAGUUUUAAAAUUCUA